AUGUAAUUUCAGAACUAUCAUUGUUGGUGUUGGUGCUAGUGCUUGGUUCGUCAUUAGUAUCGUCAAAUUGAUGGGUUUUCCUUCGUCAUUGGUGUCGUCGAAUUGGUGGGGUUUCUUUUGUCGUUGGUGUCAUCAAAUUGGUGGGGUUUUUUUCGUCGUUGGUGUUGUUGAAACAGUGGGUUUUCUUUCGUCGUUGGUGUCAUUGAAUUCAGAGGUUCUUCUUUCAUCCUUGAUGUUGUCAAAUCAGUAG